CCGACGCCAUGAAGAUGGCGGCGCCCAUCUGCGCGUGGUAGCGUCGGGUCCGGACUAGGGCCGGUGGCCCCGAAGGAAGGAGCCAUGAAACGCAAAGCCGGCCAGGGCCGCCACGGCGGCGCGAUGAAGCGGCUGCGGCUGGCGGUGCAAGAGUUCGUGCACGCGGCCGCGGGGGACAAGGCCCCCGGCGGCGAGGAAGGCGCGGGCCACGCCGGGCGACCACGAGCGGCCCCGCGGCCCGGCGGAAAGAAGCGCCGCAAGGAGCAGAAGAAGGAGAAGCGGCAGCUGAGGAAAGCCCGCCGGCUUCAGCUGGCCGGGGGGGCGGCCGAGGCCCCGGGAGACGCUCAGCUGGGGAAGAGUAAGAAGCCGGCGGGCGCAGCUGCCCCGGGAAAGCCGCAGAAGCCGGCGGGCGCAGCUGCCCCCGGAAAGCCGCAGAGGCCGGCGGGCGCAGCUGCCCCCUCAGCCCCCGCAAAGCCGCAGAGGCCGGCGGGCGCAGCUUCCCCCUCAGCCCCCGGAAAGCCGCAGAGGCCGGCGGGCGCAGCUGCCCCCGGAAAGCCGCAGAGGCCGCCGCCGCCCCCGGCCAAGGACAGGCCUCUCCGCGAGCCCGCGCAGGUCCGGACGCCCGGUGCCGCCGCCGCCGCGGCUCGGAAACGGGCCCUUCUGGCGGCCAACGAAGAAGAAGAGCGCGAGAUCCGCAAGCUGGAGCGCCGCCUGGGGCUGAGCAAGCGCCGCCAGAGGAAGAAGGGCCAGGGCGAGGAUGGCUCCGCCGCCGCGGCGCUGCCGUCCAGCUUCGUCCGGGACGGCUUGGACUACAUUCUCGGGGCGCUGGGGGCCGGCGGCGCCUCCGCCUUGUACGAGGAGGGGGACGGGGAGGGGACCGGGGUCCCGCUGCCCUCCGGGGGAAGCUCGGAUGAAGGCUCGGGGACGGACAGUGAGGAUGGGGACGAGGAGGAAGAGGAGGAGGAGGAGGAGGAAGGAGACGAGACUAUUCUGGAGGAAAGUCUCCUAGAAGAGGAGGAAGAGGAAGAGGAGGAGGAGGAGAAAAAGGAGGAAGAUGACGCAGACCCUCGGGUAGAAACCGAAAAGAAAAAGGCGAAAAAGCGAGUGCGUUUUGCGGACCCGGAGAGUAUGGACUCCUCCCCCGAAGAUGACAGCUCCCCCAAUGAGGUUCUUUGUAAAAGUACAAAGUAUAUUCCGCCUCAUGUGAGAAGAUUUGAGGAAACAGUGGAUGCCAAAAAGAAAGAAGAACUAGAAAGGUUAAAGAAAAAUGUGAAAGGUCUAAUUAACAGGUUGAGUGAACCUAAUAUGGCUUCUAUAAGUGGACAGCUUGAAGAGCUAUACAUGGCGAACAGUAGAAAGGAUAUGAAUGAUACUUUGACAGAUGUUCUUAUGAAUGCUUGUGUAACUGAAGCUAUGAUGCCUGCCAGGCUGAUGAUGGAGCAUGUCCUUUUGGUUAGCAUUCUUCACCAUACUGUAGGAAUUGAGGUUGGUGCUCAUUUUUUGGAAGCUGUAGUGAAGAAAUUUGAUGAAAUACAUAAGACUGGUAGUGAGGGAAAAGAAUGUGACAACCUCUUUGCCAUAAUUGCCCAUCUAUAUAACUUCCAUGUGGUACAAUCUCUACUCAUCUUUGACAUUCUAAAAAGGCUUGUUGGAACUUUCACAGAAAAGGACAUUGAAUUGAUUCUCCUAAUGCUGAAAAAUGUCGGUUUUUCCUUGAGAAAAGAUGAUGCAUUGUCCCUGAAGGAACUGAUCAGUGAAGCCCAGACCAAAGCCAGUGGAGUAGGCAAGAAGUUUCAAGAUCAGACAAGGAUUCGAUUCAUGCUUGAGACUAUGUUGGCACUAAAGAAUAAUGACAUGCGCAAAAUUCCAGGCUAUGACCCUGAACCUGUAGAAAAACUAAGAAAACUCCAGAGAACAUUGAUUCGAAAUAGUAGUUCUGGUAAGGAAACUCAACUUCGAGUCUCUUGGGAAAGCCUUUUGAAUGCAGAGCAGAUUGGCAGAUGGUGGAUUGUAGGGUCAUCAUGGAGUGGCGCCCCAAUGAUCGACAGCAGCAAUAAUAGCCAGUCGAAACAACUUAAAGGAACGGUUAGUUCAAAGAUACUUGAGCUUGCCAGAAAGCAGAGAAUGAACACUGAUAUCAGAAGAAAUAUUUUUUGUACGUUAAUGAUUAGUGAAGAUUUUUUGGAUGCAUUUGAAAAGCUUCUAAAGCUUGGACUCAAGGAUCAGCAAGAAAGAGAAAUAGUUCAUGUCCUCAUAGAUUGUUGCCUACAAGAGAAAGUAUAUAAUCCUUUUUAUGCAUAUUUGGCUAGCAAAUUUUGUGAAUAUGAAAGGAGAUUUCAGAUGACAUUCCAGUUCAGCAUAUGGGACAAAUUUCGGGAUUUAGAAAAUCUGUCAGCUACUACAUCUUCUAAUUUUAUGCAGUUGGUGGCCCACUUGCUGAAGAAAAAAUCACUUCCACUUUCUAUUUUUAAGGUAAUCGAAUUCAGUGAAUUGAACAAACCUAGAGUCCAUUUUUUACGGAAAAUAUUAUAUGUGUUAUUAAUGGAAACAGAAGCUGAAGAACUUACCACAAUAUUUGGCAGAGUAUCUGACAACCCGAAGCUGAUAAUGUUGAGGGAAGGUUUGAAACUUUUUAUUAGCCACUUCUUAGUGAAGAAUGCACAAGCCCAAAGUGCCGAAGAAGCCAAUUUACUUAAAGAAAGAGCUGAACUUGCAACAAAAUCUUUACAAGGAAAAUCAUCCUUAAAAAUGUAAUAUUGGGGAAAACUGUCAUGAUUGUUGGUAAAACCAGAAAAUCUAUAGACUUGCGAGCCAACAUUUCCACAUAUAAGAACUAUGAGUGAGACUAUACAAGAACUUAUUUAUUUUUAAAUAUCUUUGUUGUAUGUAUAUAAAGUAUAUUAGGUAUGACAUAUACAGUUUUUAUACUGAAAAUGGUUUUCUGUUGCUGGAUGUAAUGAGACCUUCAUACAAAUUAAAGAGUAGACCACUAGAUGGUGCAAUAAUCCUGAAAAAAAAUCAAUGUCGUUAGUGACUAGAUGUUUUUUAUUUUAAAAAAAUUGUUUCAA